UCACUGAAUUAUUUCAUUAAAAAUCCAAAUCUUUACUGACAUGCGUACUUAUGUAUAUUCGACGUGUAUGUAUUCGACAACCUUCAUCUUUCUCAUUGCUACAUUUCAACGGAACUUGCGUUUCUCAGGAAUACACAUAUAUUAAAAAAUAUAUUGAAUUUAAAUAAAAUUUGUUCAAUAUCAAAUAGUAAAGAAUUAAUACUAUAAAACAUGUCAGACCCAGAACUUGAAGCAAUACGACAACAACGUUUAGCUCAGUUGCAAUCCCAAUAUAAGAAUAAUAAUGCAGAAAAUAAACAAGCAAUGGAAGAAAAAAUACAACAAAUGGAAGAUAUGAGAAAUUCUAUUCUUAGUCAAGUGUUAGAUCAAUCAGCUAGAGCAAGAUUAAAUACAUUAUGUCUUGGUAAACCUGAAAAAGGAAAGAUGGUAGAAGAUAUGAUAUUAAGUAUGGCUCAACGAGGUCAAUUACCUGGUAAAUUAGGGGAAAAAGAACUUAUCAGUUUACUUGAAAGUGUAAAUCAACAAACGCAAAGAAAAACUAUUGUGAAGUUUGACAGACGAAGAGCAGCAUUGGAUUCUGAUGAUGAUUUAUAGCACCUAUAUACAAUUAUAUGGUUUGUUAAAGACGAUAUAAUAUUCUUUAUCUAAUUUUUGAACAAAAAUUAAGAUUAUAAUAUUACUGUACGCUUAAUUAGUCAUACAUUUUUAUUUUUUAUGAUAUA